AUGGCUGACCAAGAGGAGAUUGCUGUUUCCAUGAGUUGCGAUGAAGAUCCUGUAGAGAAUGCCUCCAACGCUAAUGAUGAAACAGAGGAAGAAAAGACUCCCGGCUGCAGGAAGAAGGUGCAAUCCAGCUGGCAACCUGUUUUGAUUGUCAUUUUGACAGUGGCCCUUUUUGAAAAAAACCACCUGAGUGAUCUCUUGAAGAAGACACUGCAAGAAAAGACAGAGUUGGAAGUGGUGAACAGAGGGCUGACCGUGCAUCUUAAUGCAACCCGGGAAGAUUUGGAGCUCGUUGAAGAGAAAAACAGGCAGCUUAACGUGACUUUGAACGAAUCACUGCGUGUCAUCUCAAUGGCCUCUGCAGAAAAUAAAAGCUUACGCCAGCUGUUAGACAAUGAACAACAAACCACUAAAGAUCUAGCUGCAACAAAUCAACAGCAGCGUUCAAUUUUGUCCUCCACCAGACUGUCCUUCCUCUGGAGAUUGUGCAACAGUGACACACUGCAGUGUUCACGCUGCCUGCCCGGCUGGGCCGAGCAUGAUUCACGCUGCUUCUUCUUGUCCUCGGUACCACAGAAGUGGGAGGUUGCCCGCAGAGAGUGUCUCGACAUGGGAGGUGACCUGGCCGUUGUCUCCAGUGCAGCAGAUCAGGCAUUCUUGACCAACAUGACUUUUCAGUAUGUGCGGCAGCAUCCCCAAGAAGACUUCCUUUCAGCGUGGAUUGGAUUGCAGGACAUGGUGAAGGAGGGCGCCUACUUUUGGGUCAGUGGCUUGAAACUUCACUCAAAUGUAACUUACUGGAGGCCCCAGGAGCCAAACAAUGCAAUAGCCCAGUGGGAAGCUGACAAAGCAGGACAGGACUGUGUUACCAUCGUGCCUCCGGACCACAUCGGUACAGAGGACUGGCUAAAUUCCUGGGAUGAUAUCGUCUGUCUGGGCCAACGCCAUUUCUUGUGUGAGACCGCAGCUUUCAUUUUAGUCUGA